UCUGUUCAGGCGACGACUGAACGCGAGUGGUGGUUUUAUACGUGUGCGUAUCACAGGUUGAUUCCUUGAAGCACCAGACGUUUCUGUGUAGGAACAGGUUUCGUUACCGCGGACUUCCCCGCCCCGUCUUACUGACGGCUACCAGGAAACACAGCGUUGAAAAGUGAAAGACCUGCGCGCGCACACACCCCGUUCAGCUGGACUACGAUACACACGGCUUUUCGGAUAAGAUGUCGCCUGUUGUUUGUGCCUUUAUCCUCACCUUUUCUUCACUGUGUGGACCCACAGUGGUAUCGGGAGUCCUCAGCCCCCCCAGAAAUGUCACCCUGACCUCCCACAACCUGGACCUGGUGCUGAGGUGGGAUCCACCCGAAGGCGCAGCCGCAAACGUGGUCUACACUGCUCAAUACAAGUCGAUAUUGCUCCACAGAGACGGCUGUGUGAACACCUCCGCACUUGAAUGUGACUUCACCGACAACGCCACCUUCAGUGAGUACGGGAAGUACUGGGGCGUUGUGCGGGCGCAGCUGGGCGCUGAGAGCUCCGCCUGGGUGGAGAGCAAUCCUCUCCGCUUGGACACCGAUACCAUCAUCGGUUCACCGAAUGUCACACUCAUCUCCAGUGGGGAUUCUAUUGAAGUCAGCAUUAAAGAUCCAGUGUUCAGGUUCUCAGCACUCAGGAAUGUUUACAGCUCCCCCACCUACAAGAUCACCUACUGGAAGGAAGGCCAGAAGGAAAAGGCCAGAAACAUCAGCGACAUAGAGCAAAACCGCCUGAAGCUGCCUGAGCUGAACGUCUGGACCAAUUACUGCGUCCAAGUCCAAAUCAACACGAGGAACCCCAAACCCAGCUUGCCCAGCAGAAUUGUCUGCGAGAGCACCACCAUAAAGGAAGAGGCUCCGUGGGUGGCGGCGGUGGUGGCGUUCGUUGUCAUGGCUGCGGCCGUGGCUCUGGUGGUGGUUGCUGUGGUGUAUCAUAAAAGUAUAUCCAACUUCCUCUGCCCUAAAGACGCUCUGCCUUCGCAUUUUAAAGAGGACCUGCUGGAGCGACCCAACUCGUCCAUGUACAUAGCCAUGUGGAACUCGCACCCGCCUAAGGAGAUCUACCAUCUGGUGAGCAUCGUGGCAUACAACAAUACCGUGGAGGAAGGGCGCCCUCUGGAGGCAGCAGCAGGGAGCAGCUGCAGUACACAGCAGGACGUCACAGUGGGGACGAAGUAGGGGAGAGGAGGAAGAGCACAGAAUGAGGAAGAGCCCAUCUGCGGGCUGUGGGGACUCUGGGAAACGGUGAAGCAAUCAGUUCUCACUUAGCUUCAGAGCUGUAGAGCAGCGCAUCCUGCAGCACUCCCAUGUUGCUCCACCGAGCAGGUGUGGCUGUGAAGUGGUCUACAGCAGGGCCACAGAGACGUGUAGGUACACGACUCAUACCUCAUCCAAGUUGUUUGUGUGCUGAACCGUCCUACUGUUGCUUGCAGCUUUACCACAUAUUGUACACAACUGGAGGGCCGUGACAGAGCUGCCCUGUCACGGCCCUCACACCCCCACUGCCCGCAGUGAAGUAUUUAUACUGCCAUGGUGCUACAAGGUUUACUUUGUAUGAUUCCGGAUGCACAGUCUGCCAUCGAAUGCACACUUUUUGUGAGGCAUACAGAGUUUUGAUUGCCUCGCUGUGGAAACAUGAAGGGGUUUUUUUCUGAUGAAAUGAACUUCAGUUGUGACAGUUCAGAGAAGCUCGGCGUGAAAGCGUGUUUGUCACAGGGCUGAGCAGGCAAACCAGACAGUGUCAGGAUCUCGACACGUGUCUGUCUGCCUUUGGUUUGAUUCUACAUGUAUGUGUUGUAUAUUUAUUGUAUAUAUUAACUUGAAGUGUUUACAUUAAGAUUCUUAAAAUUUAAAGAAGACAAACUAA